AUGUAUAUCGGUUCCACCGGCCCGCGCGGACUGCAUCACCUUGUGUUUGAGGUUGUCGACAAUGCCGUCGAUGAGGCGCUUGCCGGCCAUUGCACACGCGUUACGGUCGUACUGCACAAAGACGGAUCCGUUUCCGUCCGCGAUGACGGCAGGGGUAUUCCAGUGGAGAAGCAUUCCACAACGGGGAAGAGCGCUUUAGAGACUGUCAUGACGGUUCUGCAUGCGGGUGGUAAGUUUGGUGGCAGCGGAUACAAGGUCAGUGGUGGUUUGCAUGGAGUUGGUGUCAGUGUCGUUAACGCCCUUAGCGAGUGGUUAACGGUCAGGGUGUGGAGGGGUGGCCGACAAUUCGUCAUGGACUUCCGACGAGGCGAGCCACAGGGUGAUAUCAGAGAGGUAGAAGAAAUGGACGGGACCGAGUCUGGUACCCAGGUCCGCUUUAUGCCUGAUAAAACAAUCUUUACCACCACCUCUGAAUUGGAUCCAGCCACCCUGGGGCAGCGUCUAGAGGAACUCGCAUUCCUGAAUGCCGGCCUUGAGAUAGUCCUCAGUGACGAGGGGAAAGAACGUACCGAGGAGAGCGAGGAGCGACCGAUGCUGGUGAGGACGUUCAGACAUGAUGGCGGAAUUGGCGAGUAUGUGGAUGCGCUCAGCCUUGGAAAGCAUGCAUUGCAUACACCAGCGACCAUGGUUUUUACUGGCGAGAAGAAUGACGUUCAGGUGGAAGUAGCCUUGAGAUGGAACUCGGAUAGUUACUCGGACAAACUCAUGGGGUUUGCAAAUAAUAUUCGCACGGGAGACGGUGGAACACACGUAGAGGGCCUUCGAACGGCUUUGACCAGAACGAUUAACCAGGUCGCGCGCAAGUCAGGGAAACUGAAAGAUAAUGCAAGCAACAUUGGUGGGGAGUAUAUCCGCGAAGGACUGACGGCCAUUAUCUCGGUUAAAGUUCCAAAUCCGGAAUUUGAAGGGCAAACGAAGUCUCGUCUAGGCAACCCGGAGGUGCGAUCAACAGUGGACGGCGUAGUUUCCAGGUCCCUCACUGACUUUUUUGAAUUUAAUCCAAACAUCCUAUCGGCCAUUGUUGAGAAGGCCCUUUCUGCUUUUGCUGCGGCUGAAGCAGCGAGACGUGCCCGCGAAGUUGUCCGAAAGAAGACAGUAUUGGAGAGUUCAACGCUUCCCGGAAAACUUGCGGAUUGUGCCUCCCGCGACCCAUCCCUGUCGGAGGUGUUUCUUGUCGAGGGUGAAAGUGCUGGAGGUAGUGCAAAGCAGGCGAGAGACCGUGAAUUCCAAGCCAUACUGCCGUUGCGAGGGAAGAUUCUUAAUAUUGAAAAGACUGAUGACGCCAGAAUAUACGAGAACAACGAGAUUCAGGCUCUCAUUACAGCCCUUGGGUUGGGUAUUCGUGGUGAUGACUUUAACAAAGAUCAAUUGCGAUAUCACCGCAUCAUUAUUAUGACUGACGCAGAUGUGGAUGGAGCUCACAUUCGCACUCUGCUACUUACUUUCUUCUUCCGGUAUCAGAGGAGCUUGAUUGAGGAAGGCUAUGUGUACAUCGCAUGUCCGCCUUUGUACAAAGUGGAAAAGGAUAGAAAGCAUGUGUACGUAUUUAGUGAAGAGGAACUUCGCGAGUACGUGAACAGCUUACCUCCAAAUUCGAAGUAUACCUUGCAGCGCUUCAAAGGUUUGGGAGAAAUGAUGCCGACACAGCUGUGGACGACCACAAUGAACCCAGCCGUGCGUCAAUUGAAGAAGGUGGAAAUCGAGGAUGCGAUUAUCGCUGAUCAAGUAUUUACUGUACUUAUGGGGGACAAGGUAGCACCGCGCCGUGAGUUUAUUGAAGCUCACGCCGCGUCCUUGUCUUUGGACGACAUUGACUUCUAA